AUGGCAGAGCUCGAAGACUUGGAGGAGCAUCUCACGGCCGUGCGCAGUCAAAAUGCGUCCCUCAUCGGGGAGCUCGAGUCGCUCAAGCGGCAGCUCUCAGCCGCAUCGCUCUCGAGCAUCGACACCACCAUCCCAUCCGCAUCGGCGGUCCCCGCAUAUCGCCACCUCGGACGCCCAGCCUCGUCGCCCAUGCUUCGGCGAGGCGGCUCGCACCGGCCGUCGAGGACUCCCGAGGCGGCUCGCCGCCUCGCCGGCGGCAGCAGGCGGAGGGCUGCCACAGCAGGUGCGGCUCGUACCACACCGCUCGCGCCGUCGCUGGUGGACUUCUUGGACAGCGUCGGCCUAUCGAGCAGCAGUCGAACGGUGCAUGUGCCCAAGGGUCCCGCAUCCGUCUACUCGCCGCAACGGCCACGGACGCCGUCGAUGAUGCACCGAUGCCCUCCCAAGCUCGGCACCAACCAUCCGCCGCCGCGGUGCCCGCCCACGUCGCGUGCGCAGACGCUCGACGUCUGGCGGAAGGAGCAGGACGCGAGGCGGGAGGCGGAUGAGCUGCGGUGGAGACGCCACGCUUGCGAGGGCGCUUCCGGCGCUUCCCUCGCCAAGGAGCUCAAGGAGCGGUCGCGCAGGGCAGGCUUGCCCGAGCAGACCGUCACCAUUGCGGGUCAAUCCCGACCUGCAACCGCGCAGAUUGACCGACGGCGAGCUCCUCUGCUGCGAAAGCGACCGCCACUGACUCGUUCCGUCGCAAGCUUCGACGCCACCGAGCGCCGUCUGUGGAGCACAACCGUGAGCACGGGGCUCGAACAACAGGUGGCAGCGCUGAUGGCAGCGGCCGGCGGCACCCGCCCAGACACGGCCGCACGCGUUGCGGCCGAGGUGCAUGCCGCGCAUGCCGCGUCCCUGGCGGCGCGGGCGGCGGCUCGGGAGGCGGCUGCAGCCGGAUCGAGCGGCGAGCUGCUUGUACUGGACGAUGGCGACUCUGAGAGAGAAGCUGCCGCCCCGGCGACAGAGGAGGAGGCGAGGAGCAGCACCUCGGCGCAAGAGUCCCACCGCGCGGGCUGCCGCGUCUUGCUCGACGUCAUUCGGGGCUGGGACACCUCGGGCAAGUGCAAGCUCUCCCGCGCUCAUUUUGAGUUCAUGCUCUCUACUCUCGCCCCCGACGUGAUUGUGGACCCCGAGCUGCAGCGCACCCUCCUCGACGAGUGCGACACGCGAGAGCCCGGCGUCGCCGAUCUCCGCUUGUUCUGCGAGAUGCUCGCGGACGAAUCCAACGUCGGUCGCGUGACCUUCAGCGCGGAGCUUCAGCCCAACACCCGCCGCAGCCUCCGUUCGGCCAAGGAGCUCCCGAUCGGAUCAAACGUGCUGGGGCAGCCAGCGCAGCCGGCGCCGUGGGCUGAGCCUUACGGGGACGGCUCUAACCAUCGGGAGAUCGCGGUGACAACGUCCGACGAAGUUAAUAGCGCCUUGCGGGCGCAGCUGGCUCGGCUUGGGGAGCAGCUGCGAGUGCGUGACCCCGAUCAGACGGGCGAGCUCUCGGAAAGCGACUUUAUCGAAGGCAUCUCCUCGAUGAACUUUCUCCUCUCGUCGUCGGAGAUCGAGUCGCUAUUCCGUGAUGCGGACAAGUCGGCCUCGGGCAAGGUCAUUAUCGAUCGCUUCGUUGCGCGGGCGCACGAGCAGAUCUCGUCCAAGAACGUUGUCCCAGCUUACAUGGUGCUCAAGCACCAGCGGUCCAUCGACAUGUCGACCAGCCUGAAGUGGUCGACCGACGAGCGAUUCACCGAGCGGGAGGGCAGGGCGGAGCUCAAGCGUUGGCUGCGCUGCCAUCCGUCGCCGUUUUCGGAGGAGGCCCUCAGCCUGCGCUGA